ACUCCUUUCCUAACGUACUAUUAGACGACGAGGUUCACGAUAGUAUCACAGCAACCGUUUAGGGAAGUACCUCGGUACUGCAGCUACAGCUGUAAGCCUGUUGACAGUAGGUACCUAGGUAGGUGACGAUACGCCGCAUGGACCUUUUAAUCACAGUACCUUCUGUAAGUCUAUAUGAUAUCUAGGCGAUUAUUCCUUUCUCCACGAUAGUACUUCUAGCGACCAUUACAAUUUAGACAUACUAGUACACACAUCUCGAAUUCUAAAUCCAUACAUCAAAUCUUUCCAUCUACACCACUUUCUCUUCACCUUGGUCCACAAUGGAUGUCAAUAACUACAGUUGGCUCCCUCAGAGUUUCCGGCUCGCCGCUCCUAAGGAGCGCAUGCGCCUGGCUUUGCCAGAUGGUCUCGCAAAUCAAUUGGGAAUUCACCGACCGCAAGAGCUCGUCCGUCUUCUCACCGUACCAUUCAAGGCGCAUGAACGUCGACAUCAGUUUUCCUUCUUCCCUAAACUUAUCACAGCUCGUGCAAACCAGCCUACUAAGACAGGCGAACCACAACCUGCACCAAUCCUGAAUCUGCCUGUCGAAAUCGUACAGAUGAUUUUUGGAUUGCUUGACGAUGUGGAGGACCAAAUGAGCUUCGGUCUUACUUGCACUUGCCUUUGGUACCUCGCACUCCCAGCCAUGCACAACACAUGGGUUUCCAACAUGGGCCUCUGGGCGGGAAAGAACAUCGUCUUGGUCGGAUCGCAUACGAAAUCUGCGGACUACCCUCCCGGAUUGUUCUCGGAGGAAGAGAAAGCAGCACUCAUGGUACAAGACACAUUCCAGUUGAAGCUCUUCCAAAGAAAGAGGUACUUAAGCCUUGCCGAAGUAGCUAAACGCCAGUACUCCGAGGACCAACAGCCUUACGAGUGUGACCCGUUGCACAAUUUCCUCCGAUGUCUUUUGCGCGGCCUGCCUCCUCGCGGAGGUCUCGAAGACUUCAACGAUGCCGCCGUCGUGGCAAGAUUGAGGGAUCUCGAUGAGUUGGAUGAAAAGGAUUUCUAUCCUACGGAAGAGCGCUGGAUCCUUCGCAAUCUUACCACCAAGCAGUACGUCCGCGCCGAAGGGAUCGCCUUCCGACCCGAGUACAUCCACGGUCCGAGAAUCGAGGGCGUGGGCUUCGGCCACGCCGUCAUGACGCGCAUCUGCUGGUCGAGCAGCACCAAGAACGUGAUGAACACCUCAGUUAAACUCACACGCGGCGUUUGGGCCGGCCACCGCUUCGACAUUACCACCGUGACGAAGCACGAAGAAGCGACCAAAGGGGAGGAGUGGACCGAUGUUAGCCAGGAGGUCGCGGACGAGAUGAACGUCAUCUACACGGCGCGCUUCGGAGCCAACUGGAAGAAAUUCUUCAUGGACAAUCCCAUGGGCUGCCGAGACAGCUUAAUGGAGGCAAGACCGGGUUGGUACAAGAUCUGGGAUAUCCCGCCCGACGAGGAACAAGACGAUUAUUGAUAGCCUCGCAUUUUGGCAAGUCGGUCGCAUAGCACGUUUCUAGGGAUCUGCUCAAGGGGAUAGUUGCUUUAUUUGGUUUUAUUGCGUGGAGUAAAGGCUGGGAUGGCACAUCUGCGUGGCUGCGCUGUGGAACUUGUUGGAUCCCACUUCAACCGGGGAGUUCCACUGGCGUUUAAAGGUACAUAGCCAUUGCUACCUACAUACUGAACAUAUGAAUUCUCACAAACACUCUAGUACUG